AUGAAAGCUGCUGCCUUGUUUGCGCUGGCAUCGCUGGCGGUUCUCGGCGUGAUCACCUCCUUAAGGGCCCUUUCCAACCACCGGCAGAUGCUGUUGCAGAAGACCGCGGAAUUGACCGCCUCCCUCCAGGACAGAUGGGCUUUAGACAUCUUUGAUGAGCGAGUCCGCGACAUGUCACAGAAGACUGACUCCGGAACAGCGGGCGAGAUUCCUCUAGCAACGUCUUCGGCCGACGCUCCUGGAGCUGCAGAGCUCCUGCAGGUGGCUGCGGCGUCUGAUUUGUGGAAGGAGGGCUCGCAGCUUCUGGGCGAGGCAGACUUCGUUGAGUUCUUGUCUCGAUGCCAAAGGGCGGAGUCCGUCUUGGCUGGUUCUCGAGUGAAGAUCUGGUCGGACAGCCGUGAUCGCAAGGGCUUCAAGGGGGCCAUGGCCGAGCAGGUAAGGGAUGUUUAUGGCCUGUCCAAGUUGGUAAAACCGUCGUGGGGCGACGACACAUGGAUAUUGGACGUUGGUGGCAACUUGGGCAUCACCGCCAUUCACCUGCACAUUCGAGCACCCAAGUCCAAGCUGCUGACCCUGGAACCGAGCCCAUGGAACUACAUCUUGCUGCGGCUGAACCUGUUGCAGCAGCCGGAUGCCUUUUAA